AUGAUGAAGAAGAUGUUUCCCAUUCAGCCACACUUCGAGGCCAGCCACCUCGGAAAAUAUGCACAUGAAAGCAAAAUGCCCGACUGGCUCAUUCAAAAAUUACUCAGGGGAGGUCAAGUGUGUACAAAGGAUGUUAUUCCAGCCCUCAAACAACUUGCUGAAAAGGCCGAGUCAAUUAAGUAUGCGUAUUUUUGUCAUCCGGGCGUGCAUCAUAUAUCCAAACUGAGUCGAGAAGGAGCAUUUUGCGGCUACCGGAACAUUCAAACUUUGAUAACUUACGUGAUCGGGACAAGCAUGGUGGGAUUCGAACAUUUUGAAGGCACCCUGCCAUCUAUCUUUCGAAUUCAGGACCUCAUCGAAGCCGCCUGGGACUUGGGCUACAACUCAAAUGGUCGCGUGGAAACUGGUGGUAUUAAGGGGACGAGGAAAUACAUUGGUACACCAGAGGCUCAAGCCUUGUUUAACAGUCUAUCAAUUCCCUGCUCUGUGAAAGCUUUUCGUCCCAUGACAAAUGAAAGGGCAUACGAAAGUCUGAUACAUACCAUUGAGAAUUACUUCGAGCAGGGAAUUUUGAUGGAACAUGAUGCCAAAAUACGUCAGACCGAUCUUCCGCCCGUCUACCUGCAACAUCAAGGACAUUCUCUCACAGUCGUGGGAUUCGAAAAGAGUCAAAGGGACGGUUCCUGUCUCUAUGUGUUUGAUCCAUCAAGUAGCAGACCGGAUUCAGUAAAGAAGUGCAUUGGAAAGAAUUUGAGGCUUACAAGUUCAAAAGCUAAUUCUGCCAUACAACCCUAUCGACGUGGAAAGGCUUACCUACGCAAACACAAGGAAUUUGAGGUUCUAUUUCUGCGAAAAACUCCCCCAAGUGACGAUAAUGCAGUGUAA